CUUGUUUCUCUUGGCCUUUGAAAUUCGGGCGCGAAAACUCAAAAGUUUGCGAAAACCGAGUGCGGGAACUUUUGUUGGCCGCCGUUGCCGGGAAUGCGAGUGAAAAGUAAACAAUGCGGCGGCGGCCUGAUGGGUUUCAAUCGAGCGUGAUCGAGGUUAAAUUUAGCCCUAGAUUUCGUGCUAAAUUUGCUCCCGUAAUCAAGAAGAAUCAAUCCGAACGAAAGCUUAAAUCUUGGACCUUAGUGGCGAGUGUCAUGUCACCACCUCUGUUUCUCGCGGUCAGAUCAGAUUGAUUGUCAAUGCGCAAGCAAAGCCGAGCAGUGCUCAACCCCUUCUUCCGCGGCCACUGCUCUUCUUCGGCGUGAAACCGACUUCUGACUAACUGACCGGCACACACACCUCUGCAAUGCAGUAGCGAAAAGUGAAUGGCGAAUUGUCCUGCACUGGCCAAGUGUGAUUUCUACUGCUUCGUAGGUGCUAAGCAUGUCCGGAUCGCUGGUCGCCCUGGGCACCGACGACAUCGGCCAGGCGCGCCACGAGGCGGCCCGCCAGCGGUGGCGGCUCCUGGCUGAGGCGCUCAAGCGCGGCGCCUCUCACGACGGCGCCGACUCCUGCAUGGGGGUCUCUUUCGGGCUGGUGCGGUGCUCGCCCACCCCUGAGGACGGCUGGUUCUUGUACUCCGCGCAGGGCUUCGAGGUGCUCGUCUGCCACGUCAGCGAGGCCGUCUCCCCAAAGGCACUUGCUGGGUUCAACAACACGGGCAACGUGCGCGUGUGGUCGUCGGAGGAGGUGCUGACACACUACUGCCUGCGCCAGGGUCCGGCCCUUUUCGCAGGGCGCCGCGUCAUCGAGCUGGGCGGCGGCAUGACGUGUCUGGCGGGGCUGAUGGUGGCCAAGGCGGUCGCGCCGGCGCACGUGCACCUGACGGACGGCAACACUGCGGCCAUGGCCAACGUCAAGCGCAUCGUGGCGCAGAACGAGCUGCGCACCGACGUGGCGUGCAGCGUGCUCAGGUGGCACGAGGUCAAGGUCACCGCGGCGGCGGCGACCUACGACUUUGUGCUGUGCGCCGACUGCCUCUUCUUCGACGAAGCGCGACCCGCGCUGGCGCAGGCCAUCGACCUCCUGCUCAAGCCUGGCGGCUCGGCCCUGGUGAUGGCGCCGGCCAGGGGCGGCACCUUCAACCUUUUCGUGCAGGAGGCCGCGCGCAAAGGGCUCAGGUACUCUAUCGCCAGGCGCUACGACGACGCCGUCUGGGCCAGUCACGAGGCCCUGGCACAGGCCCACCUUCAGGGAGGCCCCUUUUACGACGAGGACCUCCACUACCCGCUGCUGCUGGUGCUCACGAAACCCAGCUGAAUGGCCCCCUCUUUAAAGGAUGGAAUUCAAAUUUUGGCAGGUGUUCCAAAAAUCUAAAAUUUUCCAAUUUUUCUACUCGGAAAGGACCUAUAGAAUUAAAGAAGAACCAUUUAACAAUAAACUAUUUAAAAUCAAAACAAUUUACUAGUUACUAGUAUUAAAUUAUUAAUUGAUUAAAAUAUUUUCUUUAUUAAUUAUAUUUUGCUUGAAACAUUGAAACCUACAGUGACCAAUUUUAAUCAAAUUUUCAUGCAGAUAAUGAGAAACUGUUGGUAAAAUCCACUACCAAAAACUUAAAAGUCAUUUGAAAACUGCUGGGAGGAACAAUGCAAAAAGUAAAAGGGUUGGAUUGUAAAUUCAUUUUUUCUUCUGAAAGAAAAUCAACAAAUAAGGCCUUAACCCUCUCCCUUAAAUAUGAUAGAGGAUUUUAGCUCAAUUCCCUUGAAUAUUAUCAAAGUUGAUAGUUGAUACUGAAACAAGUUUUUUUCUCGGAUAAUUGUUAUAAAAGUUUUUUUUCUUAUAAGGUGUUUAUUGUAUCUUUUAAGCGAAUUUCAUCCUUUAAACUGGGAGGGCAAUCUUUGCGCUUCUCUCCUGUUCUUAUUUGAACAAAGGCCAUAGCUAUCAUAGUAAACGGGCAAAAGCAAAUUUUCACACAAAUGUUCUCAAAUAAUUUCCAAAUAACGUGAAAAUGUUGUCAAAAUAUGGUGUUCAAUUUACUAUUUAUAAUUCUAUUUUAAACUGCUUUGAUGUUUCUAGCGUACACAUCUUGAUGAAUCUCAUAAUUAUACACUUGAUUUUUCUCAAUAUAUAUAUUUUAAAAUUUUUACAUGCUUAGGUUAAAACGAUUCCUCAAUUCCUGUAAAAGCGACCAGUAUUUAUGUCUCUCCCCUGUAUUAAGUAUUAUAUUUGUCAAUUCCAUGUAAUGUCAUUCCUUCAUACUCUGCCUCUUUCGGUGUAGUUUUUUAUCGAUUCUCAUUCAAUUAUUGUCUUGCUCGGUGUAAUUUUCUCGUCGAUGACUUGAAAUUCCUAAUAAUCUGUCGUCUCUUCCGCCACAAAUAUUUAUAAAAAUGCUUCCUUCAAAUUAGCUUUUAACUUAUAUCAGCGGAUUACGUUUUUUUGUUUUUUAAUACAGCUAUCACGCUUUUGCUAAUUCUCUUUGCCAACGUCGCAUCUCAACUCAAAAAAAGCCUAUUUGAAAAUCAACAUUUCUUUUUGUAAACCAUGGAUUUAGUUAAUUCACUUGGCUUUGUUUCUCUUCAGUUUUGGAGUGUUAGAUUUUUUUAUGCCCCACUUUUAAUGUUCUUGUUUAUGAAAUCUUAUUUAAUUAUUUUGUACUCAAAAAAGUGGCCACUUAAAUUGAGUAAAAUAAUGUGUUCCCUAAAAAAAAUUGCCAAGGUCUCAGACCAUUUUUUUCCAAAGUAAAUUUCUUAUUCAUUUUGCAUGAUUUUGCAAUACCUUUCUCUCUCUCCCAAGUCCUUUUCUAUAUCUAUACUCUACUCAGUAUGAAUUAGUUCUUGUUAGAUUCGUAUAUUAGUCCUCCAAGAGGCAAAAAUUGCACUUGAAAUCGCUUUGAAGUAUAGUUGGUUAGAGAUUUCGUCGAAUCGGAAGGGUUGAGCGCCGGACGACGGCGGAAGGCGAGAUUAUACUUAAUUCUAUUUUAGUAGAAUGCUGAGUGCUGUAUUAUAUGGCUGUGAUGUUUUACAAACACUCGACGCGUAUAUACAUGAGGCAGACAGACAUUUUUGUUCAAGUUAGCGCGUAAACAGUGCCCCCGAAAUGCCAUAAUAUUUGAAACGCCGAGAGCGGGGCUGAAUCUCAUUCGGACACAUUCGCUGUUUAGCAUCCCAGCUUCGAUUCCUCGACAAUUGUUUGUCUGCGCAAAAGACACGCUUAGGCUUUGCUUAAAAACAUGCGCAACUCCGUGUUUAGGUUAAAAAUAAAUUAUUAAAUUGCACACGGAGGAAAGUUGUAUAAAAAAAUUGCUCAUUUAAUUUUACAGAGGUAGAGAUUCUAGCGGACCGACUGAUCCUAGAUCAAUAAAUUUGUAUACUGCGUGCCUUUGGAUGCGUAAGUGUUGUCGGCGGCACAUAAAUUUAGACGCAUUGUAAAUUAUCGCCAUUCGACUAAUAUCUGCGUUUUUGGGGAAAUGCACAAUGCAGGUGAAAUUAAAUUUCUGUUGAAGAAAAUGCCAAAAAUAAAAUUGUUAAGCAUUUUUAUAAAUGCUCAUCGAAUUUAUAAGAAUAUAAAUGAAAUCAAGAAGGCAUGCCGUCCUGCAGGUUUAAGAUUGUUAGUCGGAAUGGAACAAUAACAUAAUGCAAAACGCACUCUUGAUCACAUGAACAUUUAUGUGUAUUUUUCUCUUGACGUUGGAUAAAAAAAAUUUAGAAAGCUAGACACGUUGUACUCAAAUAAGAAUAUUAUGUAUGCUGAAUAAAAUUAUUGUACUCAUGCCUCCUCAAUUGUAUCAAUUUACAUAAGGUGUUACUGUGCCUGUUAUACUGUAUUUAGAACAAUACAUACUAGGUUGUUGUUACUGAUGAACCCUUGUUUUAUGAAUUCUGACCCAUUCUAAAAUUAAGAAAGAAAGAAAAAUGAACAAUCUUUUCAUAAGGCCAAGAGAAAGAAUAUAAAAAUAGAUUUGAGCUUUCAAGAUUGAUGAGGUGAGGGGACUUGUUUUGUUUUCU